UUUGUAGUCGUGCUACGGAGGCCGGGUCGCCAGGUUUCGGGCAUACUGAAAAAUUUCAAAAUUCUAAGUUUCUGCAAAUUGACUGUCAUCAACGCAAAUCACGUAUGAGCAUGAAUGUCCUUCAAGCCAACAAUACAUUCUCUCUGACCAUUCUUUUUCUGCAGACACUCCUUCUGUAUAGCUCCAGAUCAAGUAUUACUAACACCAUAUGCCUGAUGGGCAGAAUUUUUAUGUGAUGAGAUUUCUAAUUAUAUGGGGUGAAAACUGAUUUAAUGAGAUUGAAAAUGUUCAAGAAGCUCAUUGAAUAAUAUGAGUCAGAAUAAUAUAGAAUCUGCUGGAAGUUCCUCAAAAUAGUUGGAAAAGAAGAAUUUCUAGACUCUUCAUCAAGGCCUUCAUUUAUAUAGCUGUUAAACCCAAGGCUGCUGUGGAGAAAGCAUGAAUAAAAAUACAUCUGCUGUCACAUCAUCCAGUCCACUUGAGAAGGAUCCUGCUUUUCAGAUGAUUACAGUUUCCAAGGAAACAGGCCUUGGUCUGAAGAUCCUAGGAGGAAUUAACCGGAAUGAAGGUCCAUUGGUAUAUAUUCAGGAAAUCAUUCCUGGAGGAGACUGUUAUAAGGAUGGACGUUUGAAGCCAGGAGAUCAACUUGUCUCAGUAAACAAGGAAUCCAUGAUUGGUGUAUCAUUUGAAGAAGCAAAGAGCAUAAUUACCAGAGCCAAGUUGAGGUCAGAAUCUUCCUGGGAGAUAGCAUUCAUAAGACAAAAAUCUGAUGGCAAUGAUCCAGAAAAUCCAUCAUGUACAUCCCUUUUACAAGCUUCAGGAGAAUAUGAACCUCAAGCCUCAACAUUUAGUCUUCUUUCUUCUCCCCCUGAAAUACUAAUUCCAAAGACCUCAUCCACUCCGAAAACUAAAGAUACCAUUUUGCCUUCUUUUAAGAUAAGUCAGAUAAAGACUGGAUACAAGAAAACAGAACAGACUCCAAUUACGUCUUCAGAAAACAGCCCCACAAAUAUGCCUAAUACAGAUAUUACUGAAGGUUGGACGGAUGAUUAUGGACCACAAGGAAAGAUUUCCCUAAGUCCCUCUGUUCGCUUUAAGACAGAGAAACUGGAAAUGGCUCUAAAUUAUCUUGGUAUUCAGCCUACAGAGGAACAGCACCAAGCCCUGAGACAGCAAGUACAAGCAGACUCAAAGGGGACAGUGUCCUUUGGAGAUUUUGUCCAAGUUGCCAGAAACUUAUUUUGCUUGCAAUUAGAUGAAGUAAAUGUUGGUGCACAUGAAAUUUCCAACAUAUUAGAUUCACAGCUUCUUCCCUGUGAUUCUUUAGAAGCAGAUGAAAUGGAAAGGCUUAAGCAUGAGAGAAAUGAUGCCUUGGAAGAAGUGAAUGCACUUAAGGAAAAAUUAUUUGAAUCAGAGAAACAAAAGAAACAAUUGACAGAAGAGCUCCAAAAUGUGAAACAAGAAGCCAAGGCUGUAGUUGAAGAAACAAGAGCCUUGCGAAGCCGGCUUCAUCUUGCCGAAGCUGCACAGAGGCAGGCACACGGGAUGGAAAUGGACUAUGAAGAAGUGAUCCGUCUGUUAGAGGCCGAGAUCACAGAGCUAAAAGCCCAGCUUGCUGAUUAUUCUGACCAAAAUAAAGAAAGUGUUCAGGAUUUAAGAAAGAGAAUCACAGUACUUGACUGCCAAUUGCGAAAAUCAGAAAUGGCUCGAAAAACUUUUGAGGCAUCCACUGCAAAGCUGCUUCAUUUUGUAGAGGCUAUACAAGAAGUAUUUUCUGAUAAUUCUGUCCCUUUAUCAAAUUUGAGUGAAAGAAGAGCUGUAUUAGCUUCACAGACUUCCCUUGCAACAUUAGGAAGAAAUGGACGCAACAUCCCUGCAACCCUAGCACUUGAAUCGAAGGAACUUGUUAAAUCUGUUCGUGCCAUUCUUGAUAUGGAUUGUUUACCUUACGGGUGGGAGGAAGCUUACACAGCAGAUGGAAUCAAGUACUUCAUCAAUCACGUAACACAGACUACAUCCUGGAUCCAUCCUGUGAUGAGUGCCUUGAACCUGUCUUGUUCAGAGGAAAAUGAAGAGGAUUGCUCUAGAGACCUUCCCGACCAGAGAAGUUGAUGGUUUUCUGUAGGAAGCCCAGCUCCAUGAUCUUCUGGGAUUUCAGUCUGCACGGAUGACUUGAGCAGGGAAUACAUAACACCAACUCUGAGAUGCAAUGGUCUGACACAGGAGGAAAGCAUGCGCUACUUAAUUCAAGUGUGAAAUGGAAUAUGGAUUUAGGAUUAUUUUUGUAAAACUUAUUGAUAUUACUGUAUACGUGUAAAAUAUGAAUUGCCACUACAGUAGUUUCUUAGGAAUGAUAUAAUCAUAUGUUCUGAGAUGACAUAAUUAGAUUUCAUAAUAUGUAUACUUUUUCAUAUAUAAUUAGAUCUUCAUAGUUUUAUAUGUAGUUCUUUAUAGGAUAUCAGAUACAAUGGUUUAUACUUAAUACUUUAUUGAAAAAUUAUGUGAACAUAGUAAAACAUUUAUUUGAUCA